ACUUAAUUCCAUUAUCCAUUCAGGGAAAUCUUCAGUCUAUUUAACAACAUAAAGGGAAGAAAAAAUUUUUUAGGUGACAACGACCUUCAAGAACCCUGCUGCUGUUGCUUGCAAGAAUUGUAUCAUUGAUGUCAUCUAGACCUUGCAAAGCACACCAGUUAAACAUGGGGAAGGAAUUUUCUUUUCUUUUUUUUUUUUCUUUUUUGAGAUGGAGUCCCACUCUGUCACCAGGCUGGAGUGCAGUGGCCUGAUCUUGGCUCACUGCAACCUCCACCUCCCAGGUUCAAGCAAUUCUCCUGCCUCAGCCUCUUGAGUAGCUAGGAUUACAGAUUUUGUAGGUGAAGAAAGUGUGUCUCAGAGGAGUUAGAGAAGACCAGUUAAUAGAUGACAAUGCUACAGCCUGGAACUCCCAUUUGGAUCCUGGGUCUCCUAUCUCACUCAGCCUGGGCCGUGGUGCCUUUGGGGAGGUCACGCUGGCCCGCCACUUAAUGACUGGCAUCCGGGUGGCGGUGAAAACAAUCAACAGAACCGGCUUCCUCUCUAGCCACAGAGAGAUGACUGUUUUACAGUCGGUCCGCCACGGCAACAUCAUUAACCUUUACCAAAUGAUUAACAGCAGAGAGGCGUGCCAUUUCGUUUUAGAAUAUGCUGCGGGAGGAAGCCUGGCCAACUGGCUUGACCACCACAUAGUGGAGGAGGAGGAGGCCCGAGGCAAGUUCCAACAAAUGCUGUCCGCCGUGAGCUACCUCCACCGCCGAAGCAUCGCUCACCGAGACCUGAAACCUGACAACAUGCUGUUAGAUGGCAAAGGGAACAUAAAAAUUGCGGAUUUUGGAUCAGCCAUAACUUUUUAUGAGGGGCAGAGGCUGACAGGAGGUCAUGGGACCCUCCCCUACAUGGCCCCAGAACUCUUUGGGGCCCAGGGCUAUGAAUGUCCCGCCAUGGACAUAUGGAGCCUAGGCGUCACGUUAUACCAGAUGGUGUCCAACAGUCUGCCCUUCUUCGCAGUGAGUCGUUUCCAACUGAUAUCCCUCAUUCUAUCUGGCCAGUAUGUUAGUCGGCACUCUUUUUCAGAAGGCCUAAAAAGCCUAAUUAAAAACCUUUUAACUUCUGAUCCCAAUGAACGGCCGACAGCAGACAAAGUCUUGAGGGACCCGUGGGUGAACAACGGCCAGGACUUGCCUCCAGCGACAUAUGAAGAGCCAAUUGAAGACCACCCGAACUGUGAGACCAUAAGGCUCUUGGUGGCCAUGGGAUUGAAGCCAGAAAACAUCGUAAAGGCAAUUGAAGACAACGUCUUUAAUUAUCCCAUGGCCAUCUACCGUAUUUUAGAUGGAGAAAAAAAGCCAUCCAUUACCACUCCACAGUCUCUUGCUCCUGGGGAUCCUACAUGUUUAGUCACUGAGAUUUCCAGUUCACCUGCCGGCCUUCACAGGAAGUCAGACCCCCAGCAUGCCCCCACGGCCUCCCUGACCAUCGAGCACAAUUGUGGAGAUGUAGAAAACUUGGCACGGCAAGCCCUCCAGUGUGACCGUGUGGCCUCCUCUAUUGUGAGCGCCAUAGGCGGUGGUGGUGCUUUAGAAACCUUGGCAGAGCAAGCCCCCCAGCGUGACCUCGUGUCUGCAGCCUCCAGCAAGUGCUCCACUGGCAGUGAAAAUUUAGAAACUUUGGCUCAACCAGCCCUCUCACAUAACCUCACGGCCGCCUCCACCCAGAUCACCACCCAGAGCACCGUGGCUCAACAACCAGGACACGAAGGCAGCGUUUUCCAAGCUGGGCAGCCCGAGGCUAUGUUGGCCCGGCCAACAAGAGGCUGGAGCUGCCGCAGGGCUGCCCGAAAGUGCAUUGCCAUAAUAAGGAGAUGCUGUUGCUGCCUCUGUCCACCCAAGAGGCAGAGUAAGAGGGCCCACCCAAGAGAAAAAAUUGGAGAGGACGAAGGCCCGAAACCUGAGAUUCCCAGGAGCAACGUUGGAGCCUGCAGCACUUUAUAUUAAAAAAUAUAAAAAUAAAUGUAUCAUUCUGAUAAAUGACCAUUUCUUGCUUCUUGCAAAUUUUGUAGUAGCAUUGGAAAGGUGGAAUGUGGGUGGCAGACACUCUGCUGCUUUGUGCCCUCCCUGCACAGGACCGGGGCUAAGAGAAGGGCAAGGCGUGAGGCAAAGGAAAAGGCAGAUUUACUAGCACCUGCCUUAGUUGAAAGAAAAGCAGGGAUAAUGAAAGGAUGGAGGAGGACGUGGAAGAGAGCAAGAAAAAGAUAGAGCUAAACCAGAGUCUAAACCUGGUCCAGACUGGAGAACGGUCUAUAAAGAUCAUGCGGUUUACCCCCAUGAGCACUGGAGGCUCACUGUCUCACACUACUACUAUUGCGGCCAUAGGAGUAUCAGGUAAAAACGAACAAAAACAAACCCUUUUGCCAAUCAAAAUAUGUCACUGGAAGGCAAGAGGUGUGGCACAAGUUCUUAUGCCCUGUUCCUUUUUUGGGGAGGAAUCUGCUCCCAAAACUACAAGUACAAAUUUCUUUUAAGCCUAAAGAUAACAAGACUUUAGAUUUUAAGUAACCAAAGACUAUGGUAUUAGCCUUCACAGUGGCAAUUAUUUGCUAGGGAUAUUUCUUACACAAGAAAUCUCCCUCGCUUCGGCCUACCUGCCACCAUCCAGUUGAACAACGGUCCAGCAUUUACUGCCCAAGUUGUCCAGCUCAUUGCUGAGUCCCUCAACAUCUAGAUACUACACAUCCCUUACCAUCCUCAGUCAUUGGGUAAAGUUGAACAGGCCAAUGGCAUCCUCAAAGACCAUUUGGCCAAACUUGCUAUUGAGGUAAAACUCUCUUGGCCCACACUCCUACCUCUUGCCCUGGCCCAUAUCCGGGCCACCCCACGGGGGCCAAUGGGCCUGAGCCCCUUCGAAUUGCUGUACAGCUGGCCUUUUCUGGUUUCCCAUAAUCUCCCUGCGUGACCGCCACCACUGGCCUCCUACCUUUCGUUUCUCUCUCUCCUGCACCAAGUACUUAGGGAGCAUACCGACUGCACUUCUCCCUGUGGUUCUGGGACCAGAGGACCCCCACCCGGCAGCACCUCUCCAGCCAGGUGACAGCGUUCUCCUCCAAGAGCUCAAACCAGGAUCUUUGCAACGCAGGACUCCUGGACUAAGGGCCCCACCACCAGGACCCAUAAUCUUGCACAGGCAAACUGCCAAACAGGCAGCUGUCAGUCUACUGUCUCCAUCCUCAUCCCACAUGGUAAAAGCACCAUACUCGGUCACAAUCAUGGGUUUAACUUUCAGCAUGGGUUGUGUUUUCUAUAUGACCAAACCAAGGACUACUGUCAUUGGUGGAACAUCACCUAUGGGGGGUGCCGGUACAACUCUUGUGUUAUUCACAAGCCACAGCCUCCAAGCUGUCCCAACUACUAAAACGCUACCAUGUUCCUUUUGUAAAUUAGGUUUACUAUCAUAAAUCAUUUUCUGCUCACAAUUUUAAAAGUAAGCAGAAGCACCCUAUUUUAAUACAUUUCUUAACACUAAUCUCACCAGUACUUGCUUCAUAUAAGAUAGAAGAUAGAACAUGUGUAACAGUCUUAAAGUUCUAAGUGCAAACUUUGGAAUAUUUUGCAUUUGUUCUCCUUUUGAAGGAAAUAAAUAUGCUCUCUACAUUGAAUAUGUAUUCUUUAAAAUUGCUCUCAAGGAGACAUGCAAAUACAUUGCCUCAAUUAUUUUUUCAUUAGACACACUCAUUGUUUAUUCAGCAUGUGCUCAGUACCACUCAAUAAGAGGCAGUGUGUGGGCACUAUGAAUUUAAAUAUAAAAGACAGCCCCUAGGGUUACAGUGAUGAAGAAACACAGUCCCUGCUGUUAGGAGUUUUCAGAACCUAUGAUUAUCUAUAUUAUGACAUUUAGAGAAUUGAAGGAAAUUCACACAAAUAGUCCUCAACUAUUGCUUUUCCUUGGAUAACAGUAUUAUGAAAUGAUUUUCUUUUCUUCUUCUUCUUGUUCUUUCUUUGGAGUUCCACUCUGUCACAGAAGCUGGAGUGCAGUGGCUACAUCUUGGCUCACUGCAAUUCAAGAGAUUCUCCUGCCUCAGCCUCAUGAGUACCUGGGAUUAUAGGUGCCCACCACCAUGCCUGGCUAAUUUUUGUAUUUUUAGUAGAGAUAGGGUUGGUCAGUCUGGUCUCAAACUCCUGACCUUGUGAUCUGCCUGCCUCAGCCUCCCAAAGUGCUGGGAUUGCAGGCCUGAGUUACCGCACCCAGCUAUUGAUUUUAUUCUUUUUAAAGCUUGUUUGUAUUGUCUAUUUUACAUGUGUUAUGCUUUGAAAGCUGUAUAAAAGUCACUUCCAUGUGUUUUGGAUAUUGAAUGAUAAAAACUCUGGACCUGAAUUUCAUUGUAUCACUAAUCCAAUGCAGUAGAAUGUGAAUUCUUAAUUUAGACAGUGAUUUUUAGACAUUAUUGUGUAUAAAUAGCACCAGAGGGUUUAAUACAAUGCAAGCAUACCUGAGAUCCAUCAAGAUGAUCUCAGGUACAGAUCAAUAAUAUGAAUUUUUUUUCCAGUUUUGCUUUUAGAUUAAUAUUUGCUAUCAGUUUCACAUC